AUGAGGUGGUUUUCAAUAUUUUCUGUUUUAUGCUCAUUUGUCAAUUCUGUCGACGUCCGAGCAGCGAGGACAACCCGUAGUGCUUCAGGAUGUGCGGGUGUCCAGAUGGAGCUUGUCUUCCUCGCUGACGGAUCUUCUUCUGUCUCGCAAGUUUCAUUUGACUUGAUGAAAAAAUGGAUCGCCGACUUUGUCGACAAAUUUGACGUCUCGGCGACAGCAACGAGAGUUUCUGUUGUUCAAUUCACCGACAAUGUUUCGGACAGAAAUGGCUUCGGAUUUCCACUUUCUGGCAACGCUGGGCAGAUUAAGAAUGACUUGGCGAAGCUUAGAUAUAUGACUGGAAACACACAUGCCGGAAGCGCUCUCAGAUAUGUCCGAAACAACGUCCUUUCCCGUGCUCGAAAGACUGCUUCCCAAGUUUUGAUCGUUUUAACUGAUGGAGUCAGCCAAGACGAAAUUGAAAAAGCCGCUUCUGACCUCAUUGGUGAUAAGGUUUUCGUCUUCUCCGUCGGAAUCGGCAAUUCCGUCGACGCAAAUGAACUGGAGAAGAUUGCUGACAACUGCAUCAGCUCCGUCAAGCAGGAUCUGUCCUUCAUUGUUGACUCGUCCUCUUCAAUUACGAUUUCUGACUAUCAAAAGCUGAAGACAUGGAUGAAAUCGAUCAUCGAGAAGCUUGAAAUUGGCGAAAAUGCAUCACGAGUUUCGAUUCUCCAGUUUUCUGGCCAAUCAGCUCGCGCUCAAGGACGCUGGAUCAACCCCGUUCUGACUUUCGACAGGUCAACCUCAAAGCAAGCCGUCAUCGGCGCCAUUGAUGGAAUGAGAAAGCUCAACGGUGAUACAUGCAUCGGGGAAGCUCUUGAUUAUUUCUACAGAAACAUGUUCACCUCUCAAGCCGGACAAAGAUCUGACGUCGACCAGCGAGUCAUUGUCAUGACCGAUGGAAAGCGAAACUGCCCCGCGGAAAUCGCAAGGCCAGCAGAACUGAUCCGCGCCCAAGAAGCAGAAAUCUACGCAAUCGGAAUCGGCCAUCAAUGCGGCUACGGCGAGAACCACAACUGCUACGAUCGACAAGAGCUGCACGAGAUCGCUUCCAAGCCUGCGGACAAAUACGUCUUUGAGAUCAACAAUUUCGAUCAGCUGAUUUUGAAGCGAAUUGGAAUCCUUGGAGAUGUAUGUAAAGAAGCUGAAUGCCCAGAUAUCUUUGCCGACAUCGUUUUCGUCGUUGACUCUUCUGGUUCUAUCGGACCAAAGCGAUUCGGAUACAUGAAAAACUGGGUAAAGAGCAUCGCAAGCUCAUUCAAAGUCGGAGAAAAUUUCGCUCGAUUUUCAGUUGUUCAAUACACCAAAGCAGCUAACACCGUUGUUGACUUCAAUACUCUAGAUCUGAACUCAAUCACCCGCAAAGUCGACGACAUGGUCUAUUUCCAAGGUCGAAACGGCCGAGGUGGCAAGACCUUCACCGGAAACGCCCUGAAACAAGCCCAAUCUCUUCUAAGUGACAGUGAACCCGGGCGAAAACGAAUAGUUCUUCUUCUAACAGACGGAGCUUCUGAUGAUGCUUAUGGACCGAUUGCUCAGGAAAUUCGAGAUGAUGGCGUUGAUAUUUUCGCUGUUGGAAUCGGAAGAGCAAGGACUCAAGAGCUUGUUGAAAUUACUGGAAACGAUCAAAGAGUCUGGAAGACGCGAACUUUCAACAACAUCGGCCAAUUUAACCAGAAACUCUUGGCCGAGGUCUGCUCUGCUUCAGAAGAUGUAUGCCCGGAUCAAGAACUUGACUUGGUUUUCAUGCUUGACUCUUCUGGCUCGAUUGGAUCAGCCAAUUUUGAGAUUGCAAGAGAUUGGUUAAUUUCAGUGACAAAAAGCUUCCAAAUCGGCCCGGUGGCAACGCAAGUCUCCGUCAUCCAAUACACAUCGGAGCCUAUUCCAGAAUUCGACCUCAACGACUUCAAAACAGCCGCUGAAGUCGAAGAUGGCAUCAAGCGAAUGAGCUACGAGUUUUUCAUGAGUUAUUGA